AUGCUGGCACUCGCUGAGUGGGUGUUUCUGGUUCUGUCCAUAGCUCAGUUCACUCUGGGGCUGCUGGUGAAUGGCUUCAUUGGGUUGGUCAAUGGCAGAGACUGGCUCAAGAGUAAGAGAAUGUCGUUGUCUGACUUCCUCAUCACCAGCCUGGCCCUCUCCAAGAUCGUUCUGUUGUUGCUCCUCCUGGCUCAUGGUGUUUCAGUGGUGUUCUCUCUCAAGGACCACAGUGCGAGGAUGUUCGUGCAGAUGACUGAUCUCUUCUGGACAUUUACAAACCAUCUGAACAUCUGGCUUGCCACCUGCCUGGGUGUCUUCUACUGCCUGAAGGUUGCCAGUUUCUCCCACCCUGUUUUCCUCUGGCUCAAGUGGAGGGUGUCCAGGGUGGUCGUGUGGAUGCUGCUGGUUUCGCUGCUUUUGUCCUGCAGCAGUACUGUGUCUCUGAUCGGGGAGUUCAAGGCCUACUCUGACCUCAGUGGAAUCGAUGACACGGGAAACACAACAGAACACAAAAGGAAGAAAUGCCACAGAUACAAGAUGAUCCAUGUCCUUGGGACUCUGUGGUACCUCCCUCCCUUGGUGGUGUCGCUGGCCUCCUACUUUCUGCUCAUCCUCUCCCUGGGGAGGCACACGCGGCAGAUGCGGCACAUUGGGGUCAGCUCCAGAGACCCCAGCACUGAGGCCCACAAGAGGGCCACCAAACUCAUUCUCUCCUUCCUCUUUCUCUUCCUACUCUACUUCCUUGCCUUUUUAAUCGCAUCGUCCAGUUAUUUCCUUCCAGAAGCCAAGAUGGCAGUGAUGGCUGGAGAGGUCAUCACAAUGUUGUCUCUUGCAAGCCACUCGGUUGUGCUCAUUCUGGGGAACCCCAAGCUAACGCAGGCAUUUGUGGGGUUGCUCCGUGUGAGUCUGGGCAUCUGA